AUGAUUAGCCCCGAUCAUAAGCACCCCAUAGACGGUGAUGCAUUCUGGGACCAAAUCAGGGCUCCUGAGUUCAUGCCGGAGGAUCCAGAAGCAUUCCUCUCACUUCCGGAAUCGCGAUUCCAUGAAGCUCGCAUCACCGGGCAACUGUCCCGUUAUUAUAAGCUGUUAUCCGCGAUCCCGCGCGACAUGCUUAUCAACUUCAGGGAUGUGUACAUGAAUAUCCCUGCGCACAACCCGUACGACGUGCUCAAAGAGGCACUUCUUCCUCGUAUGGCAUUUUCCGAAGAGAAGCGCAUCCAGCUCCUCCUGUCAGGGAUCUAA